CUGCCUCUGCAAAAAUCCUGCAAAAACCUCGAAGCGAGGGAGGCACCCCCGCCAUUGCAGUUGCGGAGAAGGAGGCGCUCAUGCUCUGACCGGCGAUCGCCCACGGAGAGGAGAACGCCAUGCUUCCCUUCGUCCUCCUCGCGCUCCUGCCCUCGCUCAUCCAGUCCCUCGCCGCCGCCUCGCACCUCUCCUCGCCGGCGUCGUCGUCGUCAAUCUACGACGUCCUCAGGUCCCACGGCCUCCCGAUGGGCCUCCUGCCGAAGGGGGUGACGGGCUUCAGGAUCGACGCCGGCGGCCAGUUCGAGGCGUACCUGGAUCGGGCCUGCAACGCCAAGUUCGAGAGCGAGCUGCACUACGACCGGAACGUCUCCGGGACGCUGAGCUACGGCCAGAUCGGCGCGCUCUCCGGGAUCUCCGCGCAGGAGCUGUUCCUGUGGUUCCCCGUCAAGGGGAUCAGGGUCGACAUCCCCAGCUCCGGCCUCAUAUACUUCGACGUCGGGGUGGUCUUCAAGCAGUUCUCCCUGUCGCUGUUCGAGACUCCCCCCGAUUGCACCGCGGCUAGGGCGGAGGAGAUGGGCGGUUUCCGCGACGGGGAAUUGAUCGCCGAGGCCGUGUCCAAGAGUCAGUCGGGGAAGCUGCGGUAUCGACUUGAUCAGGGGCAUUUUGCAAGGGAAGUUCUGUAAGCGUUCGAAGAGAAUGUGAUCAUCAAAGUUGUGAGAUGGCUCCGCUCCAGGAUUGCUCGAAUCCCAAUUCCCCUGUAUAUGUGAUACGGCGAGUUCGGUUUUAGGAGGUCCUACCCUUUAAUUCAGUCGGUGUGCUUGCUGCUUGCUUUUUCCUUCGAACGGUGCGGAGUGUGCAUGUUACAUGGCCCAGCUCCAGUCUAAAGGAUGAUGGCAGGUGAUUGAGAGGAAAAGUAGUUCAGGUGCCAACUCCAUAAUAACCAGUGUCCCACCAAGGAAAAGAUAAAGGGAGACUGGAGCAGGGAGUGAGAUUAUUUCAGGUGAAAAGGCUCUGCAAAAGUUCAUUUUGUUUGUUCAAUUUGUUGAGUUAUCGGUAUAAUCAUGAUCGAUACCUUGAGGUCUCUUCUUAUAGUGUAAGCAUUUUAUUAAAUACACAUGCCUCCCUAGCAGAGGAAAUCGAAAUAAGAAUCUCUGUCCAGUCUCAGUAUUUUGAAAA